AUGGCGCUCGUUGACGCCUUGCUCACAUCCCUCAUAUUUAUCCUUCCCACGGUGCACAUCCUGAUCGCCCCGCACACAAAGGUCGAGGAGUCGUUCAAUCUGCAGGCCGUACACGACAUUCUCAUCUACGGCACCCCGACGUCCAACAUCCAUGAGCGCUUCCGGCAGACAUAUGACCACUUCAGCUUUCCUGGAGCGGUGCCGCGGACCUUUAUUGGCUCGGUCCUCCUCGCGGGUCUGGGCCAGCCUGUCAUUGCGCUCGUGGGGUUUCAGCAUGCCCAGCUCGUAGUGAGAUGGCUGCUGUGUUUGUUCAACGCCUCUUGUUUGCUCGUGUUUAAGAAUGCCGUUCAACAGGCAUAUGGCAAGGGGACGGGGAGGUGGUGGACCGCGCUGAUGAUGAGCCAGUUCCAUCUGGUGUAUUAUUUGGGGAGGACGCUGCCGAAUAUGUUUGCCUUUGGACUAACAACACUUGCCUUUGCCUUCCUCCUGCCAAAAGCCACGCGUCGACAAACCGUCGUCCGUGCCAAACAGGCUCUCAGUAUUCUGACCUUUGCGGGGGUAGUGUUCCGCUCCGAAAUCGCCAUCCUCCUCGCGACGACCACGGUCUACCUCCUGCUCACAAAGCAGCUGCCUCUGCGUACCGUCAUUCUCGUGGGCGCCAUCUCCGCCGCGGCCUCGCUUCUCGUCUCCGUGCCCAUAGACAGCUACUUCUGGCAGAAGCCCCUGUGGCCCGAACUCUGGGGCUUCUACUUCAACGCCGUGCAAGGCUCGUCCUCGGACUGGGGGACGUCACCUUGGCACUAUUAUUUGACGUCGGCCUUGCCACGCCUCCUCCUUAACCCGCUGGCCUUGCUACUGAUACUCUUCUCUACCUUCCAUCCGGCUCUGUACCGCCAGAACAAGGCCCUCCUGCUUCCCAGCCUAUCCUACAUCGCAAUCUACUCGCUGCAGCCGCACAAGGAAACACGCUUCAUAUUCUACGUUGUCCCCUCGCUCGUUCUGUCCGCCUCCCUAUCCGCGAACUACAUCUCGACACACGUUUCCAAGUCCCCCGUCUACAAAGUCGCAACCUUCACACUGAUCCUCUCGAUUCUGGCUACGCUGUCCGCAAGCACGGGCAUGCUCCUCCUCUCAAGCCUAAACUACCCUGGCGGCGAAGCCCUCAGCCAGCUCUACGGCCUGACGGACAAAGCCGCAACACCAAUUACCGUCCACGCCGACGUAUUGACCUGCAUGACGGGCCUGACACUCUUCAACCAGAACAAACACGGUCUGCCACUGGCACUAAAUGAUUCCUGGGGUGUAGAAGCUCCAGGGAAAACAGUCUACUUAUUUGAUAAGACGGAGAAGAGUGAGAAGCUCGGAUGGCCGACUUUCUGGCAGCAGUUCGACUACGCGCUGCUUGAGGAUACGGCGCUCGCGUUGGGAGAGUGGGAUGUGGUCGGGGUCGUGUAUGGAUAUAGCGGAAUCGAGUUGCUGAGGCCGGGACAGAGGGAAGUCGAGGACAAGUACCGAGCUCUUGGGCUGGGGGCGAAAAUGAGGUGGAUGAGGGGCGUAGUGAGGAAGUAUACGGGAGGUUGGUGGGUUGGGCCGAGGAUGGCCCCGAGGAUUCAUGUCAUGAAGCAGAGGAGGAUUGUACCAUAA